AUGGAAUACCGCCGUCACCCAGUGCGACGAAAGAAUGAAAACGCGAGUGAAAUUGGGUUGGUGUUCCAUACACUCCCGUAUUACCCUGGAACGGCUAUUCCAUCCGAAUUAAACCGACUGAAUCUAAUUCAUAUCGCGGGGACAAAAGGAAAAGGAUCGACAUGUGCAUUCAUCUCCUCGAUUCUGAGUCAAUACCUACCGUCCGCAUCCGUAUCCCCACGCUUAGCAGAUUCCAAACGGCCAAAGAUCUCAAAAGUCGGCUUGUACACAUCCCCGCAUCUCCGCUUCAUUCGGGAGCGCAUUCAGAUCAAUAAUGAGCGGAGCAGAGCAGGCUGA